GAUUGCACUUGCCUCUCGUAUCAUAGUUCCCCCUGUGAAGUUGGUCACGUUUCAACAUGUGUGUAAAUAUUGUGGAAUUUGCAAAGAUAGCGCUGGCUUGAUAAUAGAUUUUUUCACCCACUGGCAAUCGGAAAUCUUACCUCCCCGACAGUCAUCCCAGCAAGUUGAAAGCCUCUCCGAGCCAAGUUUACCUGGGGAAAGGUGUUCCAGGUAAUUAGGUAUUCUGGCGUAACGUCACUGGCUGGAUGCUACCUGUGUUUAUAAAAUAGCGAGCUCACAAGGAACCGGCCAGUGUAGGUGGAUCGUACACAAGCCGCACUUCGGACAGCAGCCCAUUGAGGAAGGACUGGAGUCCAGGGGAGAGCUUCAGUCAACAUUAAACACCUCGUUCCACACGUUAUCAGUGAAUAAGAUACCAGCAAGAUGCAUAUCCGUCCACGUUACAUUGUAGACCGAACUGCCUACUCCAUUCCCGAAUUUGAUGAGGAAUAUCAGAAAAAAAUCAGGAGUUAUCCACAUUCACAAAAAGCACGGAAGUUAUUCAGCUGUUCAACCGCUCGGCUAAAAUCCAUCGUCAUCCAGCUCUUCCCAAUAAUCUCAUGGCUUCCGAAGUACAAUUUCAAGAAGGCGUUUAUUUUCGAUGUCAUUGCGGGUAUCAGCGGAGGGACGAUACAGGUGCCUCAAGGUAUGGCAUUCGCUCUGCUAGCCAGUCUUCCCCCUGUCAAUGGGCUGUAUUCCUCCUUUUUCCCCCUUAUUGUCUACUUCUUCCUCGGAAGCAUCCACCACAUGGUCCCAGGUACAUUUGCGGUCCUGAGCAUUAUUGUGGGGCAAGUGGUGCAAACGUUGGCCCCAAUGGAGAACUUCCAACACUUCAACGAGACGCUAAAUGAAACGGUGACGGACAUACCCGCCAUGCACACCUAUCGCAUGCACGUUUCAGGGACCCUGGCUUGCUUAACGGCGAUAAUACAGAUAUGUCUGGGUUUCGUUCAGUUUGGUUUCAUUUCCAUUUACCUCUCGGAGUCGUUCAUCCGAGGCUUCAUGACAGCGGCUGGCUUGCAAAUCUUCAUCUCGGUGCUCAAGUACAUCUUUGGCCUGACCAUUCAGGCCUACAGUGGCCCCUUGGCGAUAAUCUACACCUUCAUUGACAUCUGCAAAAACCUUCCCAAGACCAAUGUGGCUUCACUGAUUUACGCUCUGAUCAGUAGUGUGAUCUUAUUCGCCGUGAAGGAAAUCAACGUCAGAUUCAAACACAAGCUGCCCUUCCCAAUCCCGAUGGAAAUUGUCAUUGUCGUGGUCACCACAGCAAUAUCUGGCGGCCUCCACAUGCCCAGAAAAUAUGGUAUUGAUGUUGUUGGAGUGAUUCCUCUCGGGAUGCCUUCUCCACAAGCCCCAGACGUUGGCCUUUGGAGCGAAAUGAUCGGACCCGCCAUCUCGCUGGCCAUUGUAGGAUACGUCAUUAACUUAGCGAUUGGCAGAACAAUCGCCUCCCGACACGGCUAUGAUGUAAACGCCAGCCAGGAAAUGCUGGCGCUGGGCUGCGGAAACUUCUUUGGAUCCUUUUUCAACAUCCACGUCAUCUGCUGUGCACUGUCGGUUACCCUGGCUGUGGAGGGCGGCGGUGGAAGCUCGCAGUUUGCGAGUUUCUUUGUGGUGAUCGUGGUGCUUCUGGUGUUUAUGGUGCUGGGCGUGUACCUGGAACCCCUUCCUAAGUCCGUGCUGGGUGCACUGAUCGCAGUCAACCUGAAGAACACCCUGAUGCAAGUCACAGACCCCUUCUACCUGUGGAAAAAAAGCAAAUUGGACUGCUGCGUGUGGGUGGUGAGCUUCCUGUCAGCGUUCCUGCUGGGAUUGCCGUACGGAGUGGCAGUCGGAGUGGGAUUCUCUGCAUUGGUGGUGGUCUUUCAAACACAAUUUCGGAAUGGUCAUCUCGUGGGACAGGUGGCAGCCAGUGACAUUUAUAGAAAUCCCAAAAUCUACGAAAAGGCGAAAGAAAUCAGUGGAAUAAAAAUCAUCACCUACUGCUCCCCGCUGUAUUUUGCAAAUGUGGAGUUUUUCCGAACGAAAGUGAUCAAAAAGUCGGGAAUCGAUCCGGUGAAGGUUCUAAUAGCCAAGAAGAAGUACCUCAAAGCUGCAAAGCGAGAAGAACAAGAAAUGGAGGCAAGAAGACCAAGUAACCUCGUUAACAAGCAAGUGUCUCUGCAGGAGCUGGUGAAGGAGGUGGAGGCCGAGUCGUCCAUGGACUGUAACAAUAACUCAGUGGACGACUCCCCGCGGAUAUCCUACAUCACGGUCAACACCCCCAACGGGCUCCAUGAGAGGAUGGACAAGUCCACGCUGGAGGCGGACAACCCCGAAGACCCCAUCAAACUCGCCCACCCCAUCGUCGACAUUCACACCCUCAUCCUGGACAUGAGCGGAGUCUGUUUCGUCGACCUCAUGGGAAUCAAAGUUCUGGGAAAGAUAUGUUCAAACUACAAGAAGAUUGGCGUGACCAUUUUCCUAGCUGGUAUAAGAGAUCAAGUGUUUGAGGACAUCGAGACUGGCGGCAUGUUUGACGACAGUGGCCUGGAACGCAGUUGUCUCUUCUUGUCCGUGCAUGAUGCUGUACUCUACGCGUUGGCCAGCCGCCAGGAUACGCCCAAGGAAAAAGUCCCAGAUGCAUCAGCGAUCUACAUGAAUGAUGACGUGUCAAGCGAUGAAAACGACGUGAAUCAGGAUUUGGAACAGGUCAUGUUUGGAACAAUGUUUGACAAUAGCGCUGGGGACCACACGAUUCUGUGAACAAACUCAGCGAGCGUGGCGAACAAACGCAAGUGAUUUGCCCUCGAAGCCAGAGAGCUCUCGGAUCAAAGAACUUGUUCGGAUGUGUAUUGUCAAGUGCGUUGCACUGAGUCGUGGUACACUGAGUGAUAUGG